AUGCGUGGCUGGAGAUCGUGGAAUGGUGCUGAAGCGCGGCGGUUGGUGGAGGCUGGCCAUGAUUGGAGGUCAUGGGUUGUUGGUGCAAGGGAAGUUGGAGAAGCUUCGUUGGAGGCUGAGCGCGGGCAAGAAGGAGGCCGUGUGGCGAUCUCGUCGGAAGUGCUUGUGCAUUGUGCAUCGAUUCUUCAUACCUUCUUUUCCACUCUUUUCCGAUUUGAGUAUUGUUGCUCUUCUUAUCCAUGUUUCUGCAAAAAAGAAAAUCACAAAACUUAUAUUGUUAGCAGGUUGAUGGCUUUGGUUCGUCGGUGUCGGCGGACACUGUUGCGAUUCCGUUUGUUUUUCAUUUAUUUUCUAUGUGAACGUGCUGUUGGUGAUCGACGCUGGGCACAGAAGCUGCGUGUGUCGCUGGCGAUUGCAGGUGCCAGCGAGUGGUUUGUCGAUCAGUGA